UCUAUGGUCUCGCCACACAAAUCGGGGCAAAUUGCUGCAUCCAAGGUUGAGGUGCACCACGGGAACGCGCCGGUAUAACUUGGGAGAAACAGGAUCGCAACAGGUGGAUCUGCGCGUGGAUUGAUUAGGACUGCAAUUAGAACGGAUUUCAUCUACUGAACUGAACUGAAUUUGUUGGAGUCUGGCGCCAUGGAUCCUUCCAGAGUGGAGACAGAGCAAAUGGAGCUCGUCGGCGUGACUCAUGUUGGUGACGCCAUGACCUUCUGGGCACAGAAUGUGGAUGACGAAGACCUAGUGGAGGCGAUUGGCAGAGCCUUGUCGGUCAAAUGCGACAUCGCCCCAAAGGUGGAAGGAAAGCCGUCCACUCAGAAGAUCUAUGCAGCGCGGUUCUCCGAGGAUCAGUUCUGGUACCGCUGCAUAGUGCAACAGCAGACUGAGGACAAGUUCCAUGUGUUCUACGUAGACUAUGGGAACAGUGAGACGGUGGCGGGCUCGGUUCUGGUGGAGCUCCCGGACGAGCUGCAGUCAGCGCCGCUGGCCAAGAAGUAUCGCUUCUGGGGGUUCCAUCCGCCCAGCGACCAGGACGCCGCACACCUGCAGCAGGGCAAGGCCUUCCUGCAGGACCUCAUCAACGGCAAGAAGCUGCGUCUGCGGAAGAAGUCCGUGUGCUUCGACGGGACCGUGCUGGUGCAGGCCUUCCAGGGGAACCUGAAUGUGGGCGAGGAGGUUCUGAAGAUGCAGUUCGCCCGCUUCAGCGUCCCCGCGGGCCAGGAGAGCCCCCGCUCCCCCCCCGCCGCCGCCGCCGCCCCACAGGACACGCCCCCGCUCUGGUCCCUCCUCCCCAUGGACAGGCCUGGACAAGGAGACUCCGCCGCCGCCUGCCUGCCCAAACUACGCCCCACCCUCACUGAACAGGCCCCGCAGGUCUGCAGGGAGAAGAGCACAGCAACAAUUCUGCUUCCUGCCAACUCACUGAAGAAGCAGGUGGAGCAGGAACUACUGGAAGAAAGUGACCAACUAAGAGAAGAGUUAAAGUGGCUGCAGAAGGGGGUGCAGAGUGGAGUGGAGGAUAAUCAGAAACUUCAGGAGGAGAAGAGCUUCCUGCAGCAGAAAGUUCAAGACCUGGGCGCACAGCUACGGAAGCAAGUGGAGCAGGAACUACUGGAAGAGACUACACUAAGACAAGAGUUAAAGAAGCUGCAGAAGGGGUGCAGAGUGGAGUGGAGGAUAAUCAGAAACUUCAGGAGGAGAAGAGCUUCCUGCAGCAGAGAGUUCAAGACCUGGGCGCACAGCUACGGAAGCAAGUGGAGCAGGAACUACUGGAAGAGACUACACUAAGACAAGAGUUAAAGAAGCUGCAGAAGGGAGUGCAGAGUGGAGUGGAGGAUAAUCAGAAACUUCAGGAGGAGAAGAGCUUCCUGCAGCAGAGAGUUCAAGACCUGGACG